AUGUAUUCAACAAUAACAGACAAAAAUGCGGCUUUGACGUCCGACCUCUGCAUCAACAGUCUUUUCACUGUCGUUGCAUCGCAAUAUGGCAACAGCCUUGCCAUUAACUUCGAAAAUGUGGAUAGACUGACUUAUAGACAGGUAAGUCAAUAUGUUAGCCUCCUUGCUGACGAUCUCAAAUAUCAUAUUUCGCAUGGACAACUCGUCGCCGUCCUUCUUCCGCGAUCACCGGCCCAAGUAAUUGCCAUCCUGGCCAUCCUCAAACUGGGUGCUGUUUAUGUUCCAAUCAAUCCAGAGCUACCCACAGCCCGGGUUGGGAGCUUGAUAUCCUCGGUGCCUAUUGAAAUUUCCAUUUGCCUUGCGGAAACUGAACAUCAAUUGCCGCACAAAGUACUGCCAUUGACGCUCAGCGGCAAAUAUGGACACGAAUCCAGGCUGAAGUUCCCCAGCAGCCACCGGGACACAAAGAAUCGGCUGCGAAUUACAUCAGACGACCUUGCCACGGUUCUCUUUACUUCGGGCAGCACAGGGCAGCCCAAGGCCGUCAAGCUGACACACAAGAAUUUGAUUCCACAAGCUAAAUUCUUGGCGAGAGAGUUGGGUUUGGAUAGUUCAAGAUCUGUAUUUCAAUUCUCAUCUUGCUCUUUUGACGUUCAUCUGCUUGACAUUCUGUCGGCUCUCCUCUCAGGAGCGGAACUUCACCAAGCGUCUCAGAGCGCUAUUUUAACAGAUCUUGAAGGACAAAUUAUGAGCUUCAACUCAGACACUAUUCAAUUAACCCCGAGUGUUAUCUCGACAUUGCAGCCACACAACAUUCCAUCCCUCAGAUACAUGGUUACUUGUGGAGAGGCAUGUACGGAAGAGAUUGUCAACACCUGGGGCCCUUGUGAAGCUCCUACGACGAGCGUAAAAAGGCUACGGCCUGGAACAUCGCCUAGUUGUGUUGGAAAACCUCCGUCAUAUGCAAAUAUUGCCGUGGUCAACGAGAGAGGACAAUCUCUUCCCUCAGGCCAUGUUGGUGAAGUCCUGGCAUAUGGCGAGACUGUCUCCCAAGGAUACUUCAAUGGCGAAGUGCAGGAGAAAUUUAUGCGCACAGUACAGUCUACUACGGGCGCGACACCAUCAAGUGGAUGGUAUGCAACUGGGGAUUUUGGGCUUAUCGAUGAUAUUGGAGAGCUGCACCUGCGUGGAAGAGCCGAUGAUCAAAUUAAAAUUAGUGGACAGCGUAUCGAACUUGGAGACAUUCAUCAGGUCAUCCAGGGAAUCCCCGGCUGCGGACGUUGUGUGGUACUUGCUCAUACUAUUAACCAGCGUGCUGGUCUCUAUGCAGUAGUAUCCACCGAUCCUGCAUUUGGCCAGCCAGGAAACAAGAUUGUGAUAGCAGAUGGACAUGGCAGCCUCAGAAAGGAGAUCUUCGCUUCUUGCAGAGCCAACUUACCUGCUUAUAUGGUCCCACAAGUCAUAACUGUCAAGUCGCUCCCCCGAAAUGUCAACGGUAAGGUCGACGUUAGCCAAAUUCGGACCUUCUUGAGCUCUCGUCAUACUUUGGAUGAAAUGAGGCUUGACAAGUCGGAGCAACUGUCAGAGUAUGGCCACCAAGUCGCCAGUAUCAUCCGGAAGCGACUGCAACAGCUUGUUCCCUCAAAAGACGACCUCCUAGAAUGGGGAUUUAAUUCUAUGGACGCUGUCUGGGUUAUCAAGGAGUUGCAUGAAAAGACUGGCCACCGAGUCUCUAUCACCGAGUUGCUGAGCCACCCCACGAUUGAGUCAAUUGCAAACCAGAUGGAAUCAGUUUCUGGGGUCUGCACCUCUCACGCCAGUGAGCCUAUGCCAACAAAUGUGUAUGUUGCUUCACCGGGACAGCAUAGUUUAUUCCGAGCGACAAAGGUGUUCGGGAACAAGGUGUACACCUGCAAAGUUGCCCAUGAGAUUGUGGGAGGCUUAGACCCGAGCCGAUUUUUGGAUUGCCUUGCGGAAAAAUAUGCUCAACAUGCGAUAUUCAACACGUCUUUUGUUGAAGACGAAACAGGGUUCAAAGAAGGAAAUAUCAUUGCUCGAGUGAAGCAAGAUACUUGCAACAAACCUCGUGUGUCAUUCUUUCCCUUCGAGCAGUCGCGCCGUGCUCAUUCUUCCGCCACAUCGACUGGCGUUUCUUUGCUGGAGGCUGUAUAUGACUGGGAAAUGAGCCAAGAAACAGACUUGGACAUUGAAGAAGGACCCAUUGCAAGCGCUGCUCUUUAUCAGACUGAUAGAGAUGCCAAUCAAUGGCUUGUAAUACUUACAUUUCACCAUAUGGUGAUUGAUGAGUAUUCGAGCAAUACUUUCUGGUCUGAACUUAUAGAUCUGUACCAAGCAAAAGAACCGACAGCCAUGGUAACUCCGACCAAACGAUUGGACUAUAGCCAAUACGCCACUUUUUACCGAGCCAUACUCGAGUCGCGUGGGACUUCCGACGGCGAGUGGUGGCGUGACGCGUUUCGAGGCUACAGGCCACAGCCGCUGUUUCAAGAUGCCAUUGGAAACCACAGCGAACGUUUAUCCGGAUACGAUGUCGCAGCAGAUAUUUAUUGGAAAACACUACCUAAAAUGGAAGCAACUAGACUGGCAGCGCGAAGGGGGAACACCGCCAAUACUUUUGGUGCCUGGCUGUCACUUGCGCAGCUAUUUCUAUCUCGGGUCACAGGAAAAACGGAAUACUUGCUCGGUGUCCCAACAUCAACUCGGUCCGUUGAUCCUCGCUUUGUUAGUGUUAUGGGCUAUUGUAUGACACUUGCGGUUCUCCCCGUCUCUCUCGAUUUGGACCAAGAGAGUUUGACAUUCGAGGCAGCCACGCUGGAAAAGUACCGCCAAUGCGUCGCCCAUGACCAGCGAGUUGAAGAUAUCUUGAGUUGGUUUGCCGAGGAGAAUCAGACAGAAAAUACAGCCAACAUAGACGCACUGUUCGUUUAUCACGACCCGUUGGAUUCCUCUCUUGACUUGGGAAAUUCAGGUCUUGACUACAAGAAACUUGCCGAUGCAACCGGUGGGAGCCACUAUCGUCUUAUCCUGCAUUUGGACAAUUCAGGGCCCUCUAUCAAGGUCGGCUUUGAAUACCAAACAGAGGCAUUCGGCGUAAAGUUUAUUGAAGCUUUGGCACAGGCCUUUACAGAGUUGGUGGUUGAGUUGUCGUGCUGCGAUGAGCGGCGCUCAGUCGGGGAAAUCGUCUCAACAGCGCCGUCUCAGGCUCUUCAGUUUGCAGUGGAAGCUUCAACAAGACAAGCUGGGCUAGUGCUACAAAAGCUCAGGAGACGAGGCGAGAAUCUCAACAUCUUAGACCAUAUUUACAUGACUGCGUCAGUAAACCAAAGUGCAAUUGCAAUUGCGACGGCUGAGCGGAAUGUGACUUAUCGGCAACUUCUUGAGUGGGUAUCGGGAGUUGCAAAUAAGCUGCGCAGAGAAGGAGUCAAGACUGGCGACAUUGUUGUCUUAUUUAUGGAUAAAAGUGUCGAAUACUUGGUUUCCAUACUCGCUCUUAUUCAUGUCGGUGCUUGCUUUGUACCCCUCGAUAUUACAAGCACACUGGCCGUGAAUAACUCGAAGCUAGCUAUUCUUACCCCUACACUGAUACUUACUCGUCGACAUGUAAAUGGUGCUGUUUACGAAGACGAGGUUUAUUAUCGAAAACUCGACGCGUCAUCAAUUAGGCGCAUCGCCAUAUCAGCGCCUCCUCAGGUUGACCAGCCUCAUCGCCAUGUCCACGAAGCAAAGACAUCCACAGCAGAGCUGUCAGCUGAUGCAUACAUUGCUUUUACUUCUGGCUCUACAGCUGAACCAAAAUGCUUUCGCAUAUCACAUCGUGCCCUGGUAUCCUCUAUAUGUAGCCAGAUUGAGGCUCUCAACAUCUCAACCGGACAUAGGGUGGCCAUGCUCACCAGCCUUGCGUUCGAUGUUUCUUUAAUGGAGAUAUUCUGUACCUUUGUUGCAGGUUCGACACUGGUUGUGGCUCCUCACGAUCAAUUUAUUACUUCACUCGCAGUUACUUUGAGGAAUAUGGCCGUAACUCACGCUAUCGCUACGCCCACGAUGAUUACUGCUAUUGAUUUACCAUCAGAGGUACCCUCGUUGCAGUCUAUAAUCCUUGGAGGAGAACCGAUCCCAAGUGUUCUGUACGAACGAUGGUGGGGGACUGUGGACAUCCGAAUCUCGUAUGGACCGGCUGAAACAACGAUUGCCACCCACGACUUCAUCGUUACGACGAAACCGACGACCAAUUCUUGCAAUAUCGGCAGGCCGUCCCCAUCCGUGCGGGCCUUUGUUUUGGAUGCGCAAUACAACCCUGUUCUCCCUGGAAUUCCAGGACGUUUAUUUGUUGGGGCAGCGGAAGACGGUAAAUAUGAUCAGCUAACGUCUGGUUAUAUCUCGCCGCCCUCUGCUAAUAAGCGUCUGGUGAACCAUCCAACUUUGGGCAGACUCUAUGACACUGGCGACAUUGUACGAUACGACCUCCAAGGGAUAUUCACCCUAAUCGGUCGUACUGAUGACCAGGUUAAGAUAUCAGGAGUUCGAUUCAAUAUCGGCGAUGUUGAAAAGACCAUCGAUGUGUUCGUGGGUGCUCGACGGAGAUGUGCAGUGGUCAUCUCUGAGACUCAGCCUGGCAAUAGAGCUCUAACAUGUUUCAUCGAGUUUUCUGACACAAAUGAUUCGAUUACAAUCCCAUCGGAGCGCCACGCUACAAUAACCUCUAAUAUCCUGUUUCUCAACAAUACUCGAUGCGAAGAAUUGGCCGCGCUGCGUGAUCGGGUGUCUGAAGCGCUCCCGGCUGCCAUGAUCCCCAAAUACUGGAUCCCAGUCAAGGAAUUGCCCGUGUCUCGUACGGGAAAGAUUGAUAGGCGUCGAUUAAAUGAGGAAAUGGCAUCCGCUCAUGGCCAGGACACAAACAUCGAAGCAUAUAGCAGCCUCAUAACCCAAAUUUCUCAUCUUCAAGAAGCUAGAGAUGACGGGGAAGUCAUUAAGAGCUCCCAAAGCCUGCAAUGCUCAGCCAGCGGACCUGGUUCAUCUUACAGAGAGAGACUGAACGAUGAAUUAAUGCAAUCUCUCAUCAUCGCCUGGACGGAGAUUUUACCCAUCGAUGAGACACAAGUUGACAUUCAUAGGUCAUUCUUCAAGACGGGCGGUGACAGCGUAUCAGCUAUUCGUUUCUGCGCCCGAGCGCGGAAAUUAGGCAUUCGAGGCUGUACUGUGGCGAAGAUGCGAUCCAAUCCCAGCCUCUCACAACUUCACGAUGUCCUUGCUUAUGAUAACUCUUCUCUGCUGUCAAAUAUGCCAUCAUCGGAUGACGAACCGACGGAUGAAGCUUCCGGUCUCACACCGCCCUCUUCGAUGCCCUCUACUCCAGCAAGUUCAGGAUACUCAUUUGUGAAAUUGCCUGGAGCUACAGAUUUCACUGCUCUCAGUAUAUCCGGACAAUCUACCCCCACUACUGGUGUUGACGAUGAGGAAUUUACUGGCAUGUUUCGGCAUGUCGAAUCCUUUAUGGAUACUUCAGAGCUCGCACAACAAAUUGCAGCAGCAGGUAUCAACGAGAGCGAGGUGGACGUUGUAUAUCCGCCCACUGCCAUGCAGUCGUCCAUGGUUCAGCAGUCUUUAUUAGACUCCAAUUCAGGCGUUUAUCAUAGUCAACCUAUCCUCCACCUCGAAGGAUCACUACAAGAGAGCAAAUUGAAAAAAGCGUGGAGUGCGGUAUGCAAUGCCAAUCCUUCACUCCGCACCAUUUUUGUGCCCUUGGAACGUGGCCAUGUACCAGGAGUGGCAUAUUUGGCGGUGGAGUUUAAGCAAAACGCAUGCACUCCUUUAUUCGAAAGCCAUCGGCUUCUCCUCCCGUCGCCGGAAAUGCUUGAGGACCUAUUGGAUCAUGAUAGAGAGGUGGGAAUCGGAGCCACUACCAACGUUCACAAAAUGACCCUAGUUGAGAGAGGCCCCUCCGAGUAUACGCUCAUCUUUACAUGCCAUCACGCCGUUUUCGAUGGUUGGAGCACAACUACCCUGUUGAAGCAACUUGGCAAGGCCUAUUCGGGAACUUUGCCGCUGAAAACCAGCAAAUCCAAUGCUGAAUACUUCACACAGCAACUGACGCGUGAUAGGGGCGCGUUAGAGGGCCUAUGGAGACAAUACCUUGCAGGGGUUCAGUUGCCGCAACUUCUACCGCGAGAACAUGUUAUCGAAAGGCCAUCACACAAACGAAUAGAAGCAACUCUUCAAACUGCUCUUUUGAGCAGCGAUUUUCAAGCACGCGCUGAAGCUUUUGGUGUGACCCCUUUUACUAUCGUACAAUUGGCUUUUGCGCUUGCUCUUGAAAGCUCUUGGAUUGACCACAAGUCGCCUACCCGUGUCGGAUUUUGGACCGUUACCAGCGGAAGGGCACAUAUGGUAGACGACAUCAAUGCGAUUGGAAAUUUCUUGAACACAAUUCCAUGCGUUGUGGCUCUUUCUUCGACUACUAGCCUUCACAAAUGCCUCCAAAAUACGUAUAAGAUGUUUACCAAAAUGUCAGAGCACGACUGUGUUUCUACACCGGACAUUUUGCGCUGUUUUGAGAAGCCCGGAUGCGACAUCGAUGGGCUUCUGGUGUUUGAGAAUCAUCCGGAUGCUAGCGAGCCACAACUCCAUUUUGGCAGCAACAUUCGGCUUAAUUCAGUAGAUGGACGAGAAGUAUCAAGUCUUCCAUUCGUUGUUGUUGUCGAGCCUGGACAGGCUGAAGUCAAGAUUAUUGCCAAGUUUGAUGAGGCGCGGCAUCACUCUGGCUCCGUUAGACGGGUUCUUGAUCGAUUCUCCACCAUAUUGAGCAACAUUGUUUCACAGCCAACUCUCGAUGAAUGCAGCCUGUCUAGUAUAAGCUGCGAUUAUCAUCAUUCAGAGAAACAAGCGGCCUUGCAACAAGCAGCGGAUUUGAGCCAGCAGUCUACACCACAAGAGACUCUGGUGUCACUUUUUCGCCAGUGUGUCGCUAAACACGGGCAACGCAAAGCAUUAGCAACUAACUCGUCGUGGUUGACUUUUGCCGAGUUGGAUGUUCUUACUGACAAGCUGGCUAUCUACCUCUCGGCUCAAGACAAAAGCAAUUCCAAAGUUGUCCCGAUUGUUCUUGAGAAGACCCCAUGGAUGGUCAUUGCCAUGCUUGCGGUCUUGAAGAGUGGGCGUGCCUACUGCCCGCUUGAGUUCGACGCACCAAGCCACAGGAUAUCUUUUGCGAUCAAGAGGCUCGGCGCAGGCUUGAUCAUCACAAAUGAGAACGGAUUCCCAAAAUUGGCGAGCCUAGCCACCUGGGGUCAUCCACAAAUUCUCGUGAUUGACAACAUCCAAACUCUGCUGGCUAACGCUGAGACUCGCACUUGUAGAGAUGCGGUAUCUUUGCUGCCUACAUUACAUCCCGAUAUGGCAUGUUACGUAAUGUUCACAUCUGGAAGCACCAGUAGCCCAAAGGCGUGUACACUCACACACGGUGCUGUUGCUAGCGCAGUUCAAGCGGUUCAGCGGCUGUAUAACUUUGAACCAUCGUCUCGCAUCUUGCUAUUUGCAAACUAUGUCUUUGAUGCGAGCGCGAUAGAUAUCUGGGGCUCUCUCUCUUCGGGUUCUUGCCUCUUUCUCCUCCACGACGAUGAACUGAAAUCCGACCUUGUUGGGCACAUGGACCGUCUCCAGAUUAAUUGGAUUCAUCUCACCCCAACAGUCCUCCGAACUAUAUCGCCGGAUCAAGUACCAAGCCUCAAGACUAUCAUUGUUGGAGGAGAAAUGAUGGUUCCAGAUCUCCUCAACACCUGGGCGAAGCAAGUUGAGAUUGUUGCUGCAUACGGUCCAACAGAAGCGGCAAUUCAAGUCCUUACUUUCCUCCCGAGUCGUUACCCUAUCGACGAAAUUUCUUAUACAGCCCUCCCAGGGAAUUUGGUGGUGGUUGUCAACGAACGCCGCGAAAUCUGCCACAUGAAUGAGCCUGGUGAGAUUGUGAUUGCUGGGAAACAGCUUUUCGCCGGGUAUGAAGGCAAUGGCCUCGCCACCCAGGCGGCUCUUACGACGAUCCAUGGGUUUGGUGACUUUAAGUUCUACAAAACAGGAGAUCGCGCGUAUUAUUCUCACAUGGGAGAAGACGGGAAGCCACAUAUACGCAUCCUUGGCCGCAUAGACCAUCAAAUGAAGGUUUCGGGCAUGAGAAUAGCGCCUGAAGAAAUUGAGGAAGUUCUGCACGCAGACCCGGAUGUUGUAUGUUCUGCUGUUGUCACAGGCCAUGGAAGGUCUAUAGACGCGCUGGUCGUUGGCCGGGACACCAAUCUCAAUAUGAGCCGGCUCAUGGCCUUGUGUCGAGAGAGACUUCCCGAGCGGUUGCGCCCGGUAAUCCACCAAGUGAAAGAGAUUCCUCUCCUAGCAAGCCGCAAAGUUGAUCGAAAAGGACUGUCAACUCUUCUGAACAACAUUAUUGCAUCGAAGCCUGGCGGCCAUAACUCAAGCAAUGUGUCUCAAAAUGAUUCAGCAACGAUAUCCGCGGUUAGUGCCAUCAUUGAAAAUGUGCUUGGGACAAAGGUGCUCGAUGUAAAUGCGCCAUUGGCAAAUUUGGGAUUGGAUUCACUCGGUUUCAUGCGACUUAAGCAUUUACUAUGCACCAAGUUUCAUCUUCCUGAUUUAACAUAUCGUCAGCUACGCAGCACCGCCACGGCAGCCGGAAUUGCCAAUCUAGUUGGCGUAGAUUCACCGUUGGCCGUCUCAUCUGACCACGAAGUUGUCAGUAUGACCACAGACGAGGAAAACGUAUCGCCGACCCGGGCCUUGAAUGAAAAGUCUAUGACAACGUUCAAUAAGCGUACUGGCAGAUUUUUAGCCCUUCCGAGUCAAUUGGCUAUGUGGGUAGCUCAGGAGCGCUUACAAGAUACGACCUACAAUGUUCAGCGGGUAUGGCGAUUCGAAGAUGUCACUGCAGACUCCCUGUUAUCUGGACUCCUGGAUGUUGUAAACCGCCUUGAGAUGUUCAGGACGACAUUCGAGUUUGAUCUCUCUGCAGGGAAGCUGUACCAGGCCGUUCGUGAUGAGAUUCUCGUUGCGGUACAAAUUUCUCGGAUUUCGCAGAUCGACAUGGAUGACUUACGAGCAAGGUUUAUACCACAUAACUGUGCAACGAUUGACCUAAGAAAUGGUCCUCUGGCAGUAUUCCAUCUCAUAGCGGAUGGCAGGACAGUAGUCCUUCACUCAACAAUACACCACAUUAUUGUGGAUGAGUUUACUAGCAUCCAGCUGUUUAAUCUCAUCAGACGCGCCAGUAGAGGCAGUUCCGACUCGUGCGCCUUUGAAGGAGCUUCUUCCAUCGCUCUUUACGCUGCUGAACUCGCCAACCGUCACGACGAAAACCACCUUAACGAAUGGAAGCAGCGAAUGUCUGGAGCUGUAGGUAUUGAUACGGAACCUCGCUCUGAGGGCUCCUACGAUCAGCUAAGCUAUACACAAUCCGAUGAUGUUACCACCAUAAUCCCUAUUUCAAGUCGUGGGAUGUUGCCACCUCAUCUCUGUCGGAACGUAUUGAGCAAUCUCACUCAUACAGCAUUCCUACGCAGUCGGCUAGGUAGUGAAGAUUCCCUUGAGGACUUCACGAAGCAGAUCCGCGAAGGAGUGGAUUUUGCCUUGGAAUCAGACAUGGCUAUCAACAGAGUGGCUUCUGCUUGUGGCCUGGACACAGCCAAUUUCAUGAUUCAAUUUAUCAUGCACGAUGCUCAGUCAUAUGAUGAUAUGUCAUCUGAUAUGACUGAUAUGACUUUGGACCUCAUCACUUCAGAAAAACCGAUGUUUGACCUCAUGUGGCAUGUUUUUGCUCAUAAAGAUUGUUUGGAUGUCUUGGUUGAAUUCAAUGAGCAGAAGUAUGACAAAGACGAUAUUAAAGUUCUGGUACAGGCAUGGGAGAAAGUCAUCGACAAGCGUGAUGGCACGGGUGGUCAAUCUAUAUCUUCGAUAUUGUCCACCAUAAUCCCCGAGGACUCACUUUUCAAGAAAAAUGUUUCCAACACAAAGUUGACAAAGCAAUCAUGCGAGCUUCAAGUUCCACCUGUUUCGGAUCUUACGCCAAGCAUCGAACACAGAACCACUUCAAUGCCCGUCGACAUCUCUGGUGGGCUCAAUCAGCGCGCUAUAGAGCUGCAGUCACUCGUCACGGAUUCGCUAUGUAGAGCUUUAGGCGUUGCAGUUGUCGACCGCGAUCAAAACCUUCGCGAAAUUGGCCUCGAUUCAUUCGCUGCAAUGUCAUUUAUCGCCAAUAUACUUCGCGUCGAGCCAGAGUUGGAAAUCAGCUUGCGCGACAUCACCUCAUGCCCAUCGAUUCGACUGCUAGUUGACACUCUCGCCCGAAAAGAUGGCCUACAGUCAAAGUGUGAUAAAGCCAAAGCGAGAUUCGAGUCAUUAAUAAGAGAGUCUUUAUGCAAAUCUUUAGGCAUCGCGUCGAUUGACGACCAAAGCGGCUUGCGUGAGCUUGGCCUGGAUUCUUUUUCAUGUAUGGCAUUCAUGGCCGAUAUGAUAAGGCACGAGCCAGACAUCAGUGUCAGCAUGCGCGACGUUAUGAGCUGCCCUACGAUGGAAUCACUUGUUGAGCAUUUCGCUGAUAGAGCUUUGUCAGAGACUUGCGACAAUGAGUCUGACGACGGAAGCUAUGUGGCAUUGGGAAAAGAGAUGCUCCAACGCCCACAACAAGGUUUGGCAAGCUCAAUGCAAAAAAGAUUCUAUCUACUCCAAGAACAGCUCGGAGACUCAACUUACAGUCUGCCAAGUGCAUAUCGUGUUCAUGGUGUCAGUCUAUCUCGCGUUAUUGCGGCUCUCCAAGAUAUUGUGACUGAGCACGACAUUUUCAGAACACACUUUGACUUCACAGAUGAAAGUGAGCUACUUCAAAUUGUUGAUGGAUCAGAGCGCUUGGAAUAUACCAUUCAUGAUCUUAGCAACCAUAGCGAUAAGACAGCCGCUGAAGAGGUUACCAGGAUUAGUCGCGAAGAAUGCAUGCGGGAGUUCAAUCUUGCCGAAGGUCAUCUUGUGCGAUGCACCGCUAUUAUUCUCCCCAACGGCGAACAGUAUAUAAUCAUCAAUUUUCACCAUUGCGUCGCUGAUGAACAAACUAUCACCGGCGUGUGGGAAGAGCUGUGUUCUGUUGUGACAGGCAAAUCUUGUUCCAAGGAGACGGCCAACGUCGACGCUGGCUCGUACGUCGACUUUUCCACUCGACACCAUGAGAUGCUCAAAUCCAACAAGCUUGCAGAAGCCCAAAAAUUCUUUCAGAAAUUGCUCGUUGAUCCUGAGAAGUUGCAUGGACUCUCUCUGAGACCAGGAUCAGAAUCAGAGAGCUAUCCAGAUGCUGUUACAAUCAACCGAGGUGCGAUUUUCGACUACGAUCCAGUGCAGUGGGCUUACAAGUCCGGGUCGACUCCUUUUGCUGCUUAUUUGUUUGCUUUCCAACUUCUUCUCAGUUUCAAGUCAGGCACCGAGGGGUCAUCCGUUUUAAUCCCCGCCACUUGCCGAGGACCUCGGGAGCAGAACUUGUACGGAUGCUUCAUCAACACGCUUCCAGUAAGAUUCACAAAACUGGCGGGCACAUGCUCCGUAGGCGAAACUCUGCAAGGCUUCCAGGAUUGCCUUGCCAAGAUUCUUGAAUACUCCGAUAUCCCAUUCGAAAGAGUUUUGGAGUCCAUAGGCUGGGGAGCAAAUGAUUUCGAUACGCUUUUCACGUAUCAUAAUGUACCGGUCGGAGCACGAGAAAAGGCCAGAACAAUUGAACCUUGCAAGGGAAUUCUCCCGGAAGUACUACCUGGUAUCUCUGCAAAAUUCCCGUUGGCUUUCACUAUCACAAGAGAAAUGACAAAGAACGGGAGGUCAAAAUUGGACAUGAGCGUUGAGUUCAAUCCAGCUCGCAUUUCCGAAGUCGAAGUCUUGGAGAUAUGCAAGGAAUACGAGUGUCUCUUGCGCCAUAUCCAAAAGCUCGGACCAUAUGCUUCCUUGAACGAUAUUGAAGGUACUUACACUGAUCCAAAUACCUUUACUCAUCUGAGGGUUGCCACAGAUGGGACGACUAGCGAGAGCGAAUCCCACAAGGAUACCAACGUGACUCAGAGAGACUCUCGGUCUGAACUGCAGUCUGUCUCAAAGGUCCCUUCUUGGUUCCAUGGCACGCCUAAUCCCAUAGUGGAGACAACCCCGUUUGCCGACGUUCAGAUCAUUGACCAAGCUAGAUCCCGGCCUUCCGCCACUGCUAUGAUUUUCGAGAACGAAACCUCGAUAACAUACAAGGAGAUGGCAGAUAUGAUAUCGGGCUUGGCUAGCUUCCUAUCGACGCGUAUUGGCCCUCAGAACAUGCUGAACCAGGCUAUCUGUAUUGUGGGCGAUGCGUCUAUUGAACGAAUAAUCACAAUCUUGGCGAUUAUGACAGCUGGUGGUGCUUACGUACCCAUCGAACUGAACAAUCCAAUUGACUGGAACCUCACCAUCAUAGCAGACUGUGAGCCAGCUGCUGUAGUAUUUAUCCCAGAAAAGGAACCCCUGGGUGUUGAACAAGCUUCUCAGCUGAGAGCUCAACUCAAGGCGAAGGGUAUGCUCUGUGUUGAUAUCAGCACUCCGCUACCAAUGGCGUCGAAGCCAUUCAACUUGACCACAAAGCGGCUACCAGAACAUUUAGCGUAUGUUCUGUACACAAGCGGUUCCACAGGGAAACCAAAGGGAGUUGCCAUUCAAAAUCAUGCACUUCGGAAUGCUACAGUCUCGUUACGCCCAUUAUACCGUCUGGCUCCAAACAAGCGACUCUUACAGCUGGCACCUUGGACUUUUGAUGUUUCAGUCAUUGACAUUUUCGGCACUCUCAGUGUUGGAGCCACUCUUUGUAUUGGUCGCAAGUCAUGGAUGCUGGCAGACCUUCAGGACACUAUGGCUAUGCUGAGAAUCACGCACAUUGCUACUACCCCCACCAUUGCGGGUGCUCUCGAUGCAAAUGAACUUCCAGACGUUGAGUGUCUAGAUAUUGGUGGAGAGCCCAUGACGGAGCUGUGUCGAGAUGUCUGGGCUUCCAAGGCCACGCUUUUCAAUAUAUAUGGCCCUACAGAAGCCACCGUCGAUGUCCUUGGUCGACAAUGCUUCCCCGAUACAGAUAUAUCAAACAUUGGCCGGCCUUUGGAGAACGUUUUCGUCUACGUUCUCGACGACAAGCUCAAACAGGUCGGCGUAGGAGAGGUUGGCCAACUAGCCAUAGGAGGCCAUCAAUUGGCACGCGGUUAUCUCAAACCACCACCCGGUGCUGCGGCCUUUGUAGACACAAAGGAUUAUGGACGCAUUUACCUAACUGGUGACUGUGCGCGUUUCGAAUCGGACGGCAGCAUAGUUUGUCUUGGCCGCAUGGACACCAUGGUCAAUUUGCGAGGCCUGCGAGUGGAACUGGGAGCCAUAGAGAGUGCCUUGAACAAUGUGCUCGACCAGGGCAAAAGUGUUGUCAUCAUGAUCAAGCGGCCAUUAGGCGAUUGCCUUGUAGCCAUUUUUACAGAUGCAAGUCUGCAAACGAAAGGCAGCUUGAAACCACUUUCGUUGGCUGGUCUCCACUCUCUUAUUCUAAAGCUACAGGCAUCAGUCAAGGCGAAAUUGCCAGCAUAUUUCAUGCCCUCUUUAUGGGUUCCUGUGAACGACAUCCCGAUGAAUAACAAUGGCAAACUGGACAGGAAAAUGAUCAAGAGUCUGAUCGGAGAACUACCAGAAGAAGCUCUCGAUGGUUACCUUCCCCAAGCUGCAACGGAUGAGAAGCUUGAUAAAAUUGAUCACGCGGAAACGGUGGUAGACCGAAGUCCAGAAUUGCCAAACUCAUCACCUUUUCAACAAUCGCGGAUCGAUGAGGGUGAACGCCCUCGAGACAACACGGUCGGGGUUCAAAUUCAAGAAAUUAUAAUGCAAACUCCGGAGAAAAGCGAGUGUGACCAGAUCGGGAUGGCUGUCCGCGCAGCGUUUCAUACAGUUCUUGGCACCAAGUCCCUGGAAAAUAACAGCAACUUCUUUUCUACGGGCGGUGACUCGAUUUCUGUCAUCAAGCUCCGUUCAGCCUUUACAAAAGCCGGGCUCAAGUGUAAGGUGAAAGAUAUCUACCAAAAUCCAACGAUUGGCGCCCUCACUCUAUUCUUUGGCGGGACGAUAUUACAUGAAUCGCCUAAUGGGAUUGACGCUACAGCUACAGAGAGAUCCGUUUCGAGUAGCACAGUAGCACAGAUCCCUAUAGAAGGGCCGCUUAUUACAACACCAGCACCAACAGCCGGGACUCGGAUACAAAGCGCUUUCAAGGAAAUCCUCGGAGAUCGGCAGUUCCCCAGGGAUGCCAGUUUUUUCUCAAUGGGCGGUGACUCUAUAUCUGUUAUUAGGCUUCGAUCAGUCCUCACAAAGGCUGGAUUUACGCUUAAAGUAAAAGAUAUUUAUCAGAACCCUACCAUUAUGACGCUCGCAGAUUUUUUAGAUCCAACUAGGUCUAUCGGGAAGGAUGCAGACAAUGUCAAUGUGUUGCAGAGCUCUGUACAGUCAUUGCUGAAGACAGAGAGUCAGACGGUCAGCAAUCUUGUCCCUCCCACGCCAAUCAUCGAUUGGUUCUUUGCCUCCCAGAGAGCUAAUGAAGAUUGGUUUAAUCAAGGUCACAUCAUUAAGCUGAACAAAAAGCACACAUUCGAGGACUUCCAGAGGGCUUGGUCUAAUAUUGUCGAAGUCCACCCGAUGUUACGUUUAGUGGUGUUGAAAAGUGCCACCCAUGAGCAUGGAAAACUCAUCGGUAUACCGAAUGAGAACACCAAUCAUACCUACUUCUUGACAAGGCAUUUAUCGUCAGUGGAGGAGCUCCCCGAAGAGCUUUCAAAGCUACAGUCGUGCCUAAACAUCUCCAGCGGGCGGAUCUGCGCCGUUGGCGGGUUUCAUAUAGGUGACGAGCUCUACUGUGCGAUAUUUGCUCACCAUUUGGCCGUUGACGUGGUUUCUUGGCAGGUCAUCUGGAGCGAUUUGGAGGAUCUACUUCAGGGAGAUUCCAUUGAACCGGAGUUCUCAUCCUUCCCUGAGUGGGCCGAAUAUUUGUCCAACAAGCGUCAAAUCGCUGCGCAUAUUCCAGCUCGAAUUUAUGCUCGCGAAUAUAGCUCCUUUCUUACCAUGGAACAGAUGAAGCGUCUCCCAGAAAACACAGAGGAAUCAGGCAACUUUAUGAAUGUCAAAGUAGAUGUCUCUGCUCUGAACUUGAGACGUGAAGAUACGGAGCCCGUUGACAUGAUGCUUGCCGGCCUAGUUCUAGCGCUCAGCACCUGGCAGAGACCGAGACCUCCCACGAAUCAGAUUGAGCUUCACUUUGAAUCACAUGGUCGCGACUUGGAACUGGAGGAGCUCGAUCUAACCAGGACAGUUGGGUGGUUUACUCGCAUCAUUCCUAUUGCAUUCAAUGUACCGUUACAAGGAUCUGUGAACGACUUUACCACCAUGGUCCAGCAGACCCGAAAACAUGCAAUGUCCAACGUCAAUCUUGCCUCAGCAAUUGAAACAGCUCCUGUAGAUGCAAUGAUUACGUUCAAUUAUCUUGGACAGAGAGCGAGAACGUCGUCCUAUACCUCCUUUGAGAAUGUAGAGAUGGAUCUCGGCAUGUACCAAUCCCCCACAAAUCAACGUUUUUCCAUCUUGGACAUUGAAUGCAGUUUGACUCAUGAGGGUCAGCUGGACAUUGGCAUCUUUUACAGCACCGCAAUUCACACUGCCAACGAGAUACGCCAGCUGCUAGAUUCUUGGUCCUACUGCAUACGCAGCAUGGCUGCCGAGUCACAGCUUAAUAUUGCCGAUAUGAACAGAAUCGCCAUGGGCCGUGGCGCUUCCUGGUCGCCUACCGAGAGUCUUGGGACAUCUAUUGAUCAUAACUCCUACAGCAUUCCCGAGUGCAUGCAAGAUCAAAAAGACGCUAUCGAAGAAAGCAUUGUAGCAUGGAAGCUCAACAUCCAAGACAUUGAAAAAAUGGCGCCUGCCACUGAUGGACAGGCGGCGAUGCUUCUGGCCAGUCUUGGAUCUCGGUCAUACAUGCAUUCGUAUAACUACGAGGCGAGUGAUACAGAUACUAACAUUCAAUUAUUGCAACAUGCUUGGGGUGUCGUCUUGGGGCGACAUUCCAUCUUUCGUACAGUUUUUAUGCCGCUCUCCCGACAGGCAACCCCCAAUGAGAAAAGCCAUCAAAGCGACAUAGAGUUGGUGCAAGUCAUUCUGAAGGAAAGCGCGCUGCCGAAUCCUCUCGUCCAAAUGGGCAAAAAAUUGAAGUCAAUGCAACCAGGCUUCGCAAAGCAGCUAUGCAGACUUCACAUUCACAAAUCCCCAACCACACAGAAAGUUAUCUGUACCUGGACUUGCCAUCACGCUCUCAUAGAUGGCUUCUCUAUGCGUCUGGUGUUAGCUGAGGUUCGCAGUGUCUACAUUGGCCAGGCACUGGCGCCCCAGACUACUCAGUUCAGCGACAUCGUCGUAUCCAGGUAUGAGAAAGGAGGCCAGUAUACAAGGAGCAACGACUUCUGGCAAUCGCAGAUGCGUGAUAUUGAACCAAGCAUUCUGGUUAAUCCAUUGAGAGCGAAUCAGGCGCAAAUGGAGAUGCAAAAGGCGAUCCAUGAAACUCUCAUUGGCCGCCACCAGCAAUUCUGUUUCCCCGUAAGCCCCAAACACUUCAAGGAUGCUGCCCACUACAAUCAUACGACGAUUCCGAUUUUAUUUCACGCUGCCUGGGCUCUCACUCUAUCCACUUAUUUAUCCACUCGAGACGUUGUGUUUGGUAGUGUCGUCUCUGGCCGUCGUGGAGAGGACAUUGAGCGAAUACAAAACGUCGUAGGGCCAUGUCUCAACACCGUUCCGCUACGUGUUUGCGUUGACUGGGAUCAAAACAUGCGUCAAUUUAUCGAACUCGUUACGGAUGCCUUCUUGGACAUGGCCGAGCAUGAAGAUUUACUUUCGCUAAAGCAGAUUCAUGGCCUCUCUGGAAAGAAAACGCUCUUCAACUCAACAUUGAUUACUAACACCCCACUCCAGUCGGAAAACAUGGUUCAGUCUGGAUUUCAUCUCACCCUCAAAGACAUGGAUGAGGUGACUGAUGUUCCCUUGCUCCUGAAUAUGUCUUGUGAGGAGAGUACUAUAAUAGUCGAUGCGCGUAUGCACGGAGAAGACAUUGAUGAAGACCAGCUCUGUCGUAUUAUGGAAACGCUAGGCAUUGUGCUCCAGCAUGUUGCAGAUGCCAGGCACGAUACUAUCCGGCCACUUCAAGCCAUGAACCUGCUGGAAACCAAUCAUCACCGUACGAUUGAUGACCUAAUCUCUGGUCCACGCUUUCCCAUCCAAUACGACGGUCUUACAUGCUCGCAGCUACUUCAGAGCCGUGCGAGCAGAUCUCCGGAUCAAUCGGCCAUGGAGUUAUAUCGAAAGAAGGGACAGAAACCCAUCGUCAUGACUUACAAAACCUUGUCAACCAUCGUUGAGCUAGGUGCUAAGAGACUCCAAGCUAGAGUUAAUCUGGUGCCAAAGUCGCGAGUGGCAAUCUUUCUGGAUAAAUCUACUGAACUCAUUUGCGCUAUCCAUGCCAUACACCGGGCCGACUGUGCCUACGUGGCACUGGACAUAGACAACCCACCAGCUCGUACUAAACUGCUAGUUGAGCAGAUUAGUCCAUCUGCCAUUAUCUGCUCGAAGGAAACUCUAAAGUUGCUCCCCCAAAUAUUCUUGGAGAACGACAAAUGCCCCUUCAUAAUAGCCGAACAACUCUUCAACCCAACCACGCAAUCUUCAAACGACGGGUACUACUUGCCUCCAUCCACGGCCACUUCAGAUGAUGUCGCAGCCAUCCUUUUCACAAGUGGAACUACCGGGACCCCCAAGGCUGUGAUAAUGCCACACCGUCAAGUUGUUGGUUAUGGUAUAAUGAUGGCAGAAGCCAUUGGAUAUGGCAGGGACGAUCGAGUGUUCAAUUUUGCGCGUCUCGUCUUUGAUGUCUCGCAAAGUGACAUAUUCGGAGCCAUCUAUUCUGGUGCCACGCUGGUUCUCGCUCCCCAAGCAGAGACAGUAUCUAGGCUUCCAGCGCUGCUACGAGAAUCGGGUACCACAAGCCUAAACACAACACCUUCUAUUGCUUCUCUCUUAUACCCAGAUAGCCUUCCUCACAUUCGAUCUCUCUGCCUAGCGGGCGAGAUGGCUACAAAGGCUGUGUAUGAGAGAUGGACACCAUUUGUCCGAGUUAUCAACGCGUACGGUCCUACUGAGGCCGUUGUAAUCUCGUGGAAACACGCCACCGCUUCGAGUGACCCACGAUGCAUAGGGCGCCCGAGUAUUGGAACACAAAUACACAUCUUAGAUGACCACAUGCGCCGUGUUCCCAUGGGCAGUAUUGGGACAAUUUGGUGCUCUGGACGACAACUAUCAGAUGGGUACUACGGUCGACCGGAAGAAACAACAAAGGCCUUCCAAGAGAACCCAUAUGGGUCUGGUCUCAUAUAUAACACAGGAGAUUUAGGAGCAUACGACUCUAAUGGGGAGAUAGUGUACCAUGCGCGAAAAGAUCGCCAGAUUAAGGUUAAUGGUCGUCGUCUGGAGCUUUCAGAGAUUGAGAAAACUCUUACAACUCGGAACCAAAGCGUGGUGGUGCUUCUACUUGAUUCAAAACUUGUUGCUUUCUGCUGUAAACUGGAAUCAUCAAAUAAUGGGCUCACAGUCUCAGAUGGUACAGCUGGACGCGGGCUCAAUGACAACAUGGCUCAGACACUCGCAAACCUGGAAGCCCAAGCCCACCAGAUGCUACCAAAUUUCAUGAUUCCAAAGUGUUUCAUCCCUGUUUCGGCAAUCCCAUUGACGGGGAACAGCAAGGUAGAUCAGCUCAAGCUGCAUGAAAUCUACACACAAUGGAAAACACAACGCAACAUUCUGUCUCAUGAUCCAACAGCUACGACAUUACUACCCGCCGCCCAAGCACCAAAAAAAUCAACAUAUGACCAACAGGUGCCGCCUCAACAACAGCGGUCACUAGAUAUUGAUUGGUCACUGCGUGAGGAUGAUUGGAGCGACUACUUGCUUCCGUACUUCAACCCGAAGGCACCGGUAGGCACGAAGCCGCGGCGUCAACUCUUUGUGUUCUUCGCUAUUACUGGCACGUCCAAGCAGCACAGCAUCCUGGCGCCCUAUUUGCCUGCAUUCGACCUCAUUGGAGUUGAGAACAUCUUCUUUCACCAACCCGAUCAUUACAAUUCAUUGCAGGCCAUGGCAGCGGAGCACUCUGCGCUCAUACGGCGGCAACAGCCCACCGGGCCGUAUUUGCUGGCCGGCUUCUCAUUUGCAGGCCAGUUAGCGUAUGAAGUGGCCAAUGAGCUGCGCCAGUUAGGGGAGGACGAUGUUCGCGUGGUCUUGAUCGACUCGGCCGCAAGAGAGCGUGCCCCAACGAGGCCUGGUGGUGUGACCGAUGCCGAAUGCGAACAAUUUUUCAAGGUUCCCACCACUCUCGAAGCGACAACGGCUGGGCCUGAAGUCAUCGAGUAUCGUAGUUGUCUCCUUAACCAAAUCCGCCACAACAUAUCUCUGCACAACGAAUAUGUGCCACGCCCGUUCGACGGCGACGCACUCAUUAUUUCGCGCUUACCAAACCAUGGCGAGGUCUGGGAUGGUGACGAAACCAAUGGUUACGGAGAAUUCGUACCGCGGGCGCGUUUACAGGUACGGACCGUAUCAGCAGCUGACCAUUUCGCCGUCAUGGAAGAAGAGCAGGCUUUGCGCAAGGUUGGACAAUUUAUUGAGGAGUUUAUGACUGCUGUUUGA